AUGAAUAAUUACCAUGGCCAGGAAGAGCAACAGAGAACUUCUAUGAAGGUCCGUCGACGAGUUAUCAGUGAUUUUGCUCUUUUUCUGAAUCGCAACGAAGGCAUCGCUACGGAGAACAGUGACCCCGCAAGAAUGACCAGCUCCCUUGUGAACACGGCCUGGAAGAUAGCGGCACAAUUUCAGUUUACAGACAGCGAUGUUCGGAGUUGUGCUCGCCAAUUUAUUGAGGAGAUGAGGCAGGUUGCUGAUUGGAAUAUUCAUCAGGGUCUCAGUUUGGCAGUCGACCUUGGCGGUACAAAUUUGCGAGUAUGUUCGGUUGAUUUACAUGGGGACGGGACGUUCCAUGUCGAGCAGACUAAAGUUGCCGUGUCGAAGCAACUCAUGGUCGCUCCAGAAGCAUCGCAAUUAUUCUCCUAUAUUGCCGCACAGAUCAAGGACUUUUUGGAGCUCCAUCAUGGAGACUAUCUUGGGUGUUGCAAGGCUGGUGACCUACAACCCCUGAGCCUAGGCUUCACGUUCUCGUUCCCUGCCUAUCAAACCAGCAUUCAAUCAGGAGUUCUCCUGCGCUGGACUAAAGGCUAUGAUAUUCCCUGCGUAGUAGGACAAGAUGUCUGCCAACUUCUUCAACAAGAGAUCAGUCUGCUUCGGCUUCCGGUGCGGGUGACGGCCCUGGUCAAUGAUGCCGCUGGAACGAUCAUGUCGCGCGCCUAUACUUUGCCCCUACCUCAGACUCGUACGUCUAUUGGUGCCAUUUUCGGCACAGGGACGAAUUGUGUCUAUCUCGAGAAGCUUUCAAAUAUAUCCAAACAUUUGGAUGGGGAUUAUGACAGGUCCACCGGCGAGAUGUUUAUCAGCAUCGAAUGGGGUUCGUUCAACAAUCAUCUUUCGGUCCUGCCGAACACGCCUUACGACGAAGAAUUGAACGCCUCGAGUGCGAAUCGUGGCAAUCAAAUGUUUGAAAAACGAGUCUCGGGUAUGUUUCUCGGCGAACUUCUUCGAAUCGUCCUUCUCCAAAUGCAUGAGGAUCCCCAAGUAGGACUGUUUCGCCGUGGCGAUUUGAUCGGAGUCUCAGGCCUUGGUGCCUCGUCUCCGUUGCGACAGCGAUGGUCAGUCGAUUCGUCAAUUCUGUCCACAGCCGAAGCGGACACAGCAGAUGAUCUAGGAUUGUUGAGGGAGGUUAUUCAGGGACAACUCGGGGUUCCAUCGGCCAAUAUCUCCAUUGAGGAUGCGUCGGCAGUGAAGACCAUUGCUUGUGCAAUCGGGAGGCGUGCUGCAAGGCUAGCUGGUAUGGCAAUUGGUGCAGUGGUUUUGAAAGUUCUCUCAUCAAGAAGGGCUCAAGCUUCUCCAGUACAACGCGACAUCAAAAAUCAAACAGUCAAAGCCUCGAAUGGAAUAUGCGUCGCUUCUGCGAUAUCCGAUCCGGAAACGGAGGCCACUCCAGAGCAGGACAUGAUCGAUAUCGGGGUUGACGGAAGUUUAAUUGAGCACUAUCCAAGAUUCGAGAAGCACAUGCGUGAAGCCUUAAGGUCGAUUGAUGGGAUUGGUGUCGCGGGCGAAAAGAAAAUAAGGAUUGGCAUAGCUAAAGACGGCUCGAGUGUCGGCGCGGCUAUUAUCGCCCUUCUCGCAACACAAUCAACUUUCUGA